AUGGAUGUACCAGAGGGGAAUGGAAACCCUUUGGGCAAUGGACUCGGUCGAGCUAGGCAAACUCGACCGAUUGGUCAAGGAGAUGCUCCAAACCGCCACCAACAGAGACAAGGGAUUGUUCCACCACCAGUGCAGAACCACAACUUUGAGAUCAAGCUGGGAAUGAUCAACCUUGUCCAGAACAAGAUGUUCCAUGGAUUGCCAAGUGAAGACCCCAUUGACCACCUUGAUGAGUUUGAUAGGCUUUGUGAUUUGACAAAGAUCAAUGGUGUCUCUGAAGAUGCCAUCAAGCUGAGACUCUUUCCUAUGUCUCUAGCUGACAAAGCUCACCAAUGGGAGAAGAGCUUGCCCCAUGGCACAAUCACCACUUGGGAUGAAUGCAAGAAGGCCUUUCUUGCUAAGUUUUUCUCCACCGGUCGCACAGCCAAGCUUAGAGGAGAGAUAUCCAGCUUCAUCCAGCGAAACAAUGAGACAUUCGCAGAGGCUUGGGAGAGGUUCAAAGGCUACACAAGUCAGUGCCCACACCAUGGAUUCAACAAUGAAUCACUACUCUCCACUCUUUAUAGAGGAUGCUUGCCUAGGUAUAGGGAGAUGCUAGACACAGCUAGCAAUGGGAACUUCCUCAACCAGGAUGUAGAUGAUGGCUGGCAACUUGUGGAGAACAUAGCUAACUCAAAUGGAAGCUAUGGAGAAGAGUAUGAUCGCACCAACCGGAGCUCGACCCACCACUCGAUCGAGUCAGACGAAAAGUUGAGAAAAGAUGUUAAGGCAUUGAAUGAGAAGUUGGAUAAGCUGAUCCUAGCUCAGUCCACAAUGAAGAAAGUCAACUUUGUGUCUGCUGAGAGAUGGAACCAGUCCAAGAAGGGGAGGAUACACAAUUUGCUGAGGACCAAGUCUAUCCUCAACAACAAGCAGCUCGAUCGAGUCAAGCCACAACAUGGGUAUGGUCAAAAGAACAAUUACCAAGGACCACAAGGCACUUUUCCUGGACAACAAAUGAAUAUCCACCAGGCUUUCCCCACCAACCACCCCAGCCUGCACCUUCACAAGAGAAUGAGCUCAAGGCAAUGCUAA